UUCAGCCCUAUCAGAAAGAUGUUUGAUCCAUUUGUCAAGUCGAAGUCUGAGAGAAGUCCUUUGGCUUCUGCUAUCGAAGCUAGUGAAGUAACAUCAACUAGCAUAGAUGGAAUGGUCAGGAGCAAAACAUUUCAGAAAUCUGUCCCAUAUGAUUUCUCAAAUACAGCUUGGCGUAUGGAAUGUAAUUCGCGGUUCGUCCAGAAGGAGCAACAUAAUUCAAUUUUGCUGUGUUCGCCAGCUCAGUUACAUGGCCUUCUUAAGCUGGACAAUGAACUUGGGGUGCCAUCUUUUGAAUUCACUGUGAAGUCUUUUGAAGAAGUUUUUGUGGUGAAGACAUGGAAAGUGGAAAUUUGUAAUCGGAUGUAUACCUUUCAGUCUAUUCACAAUAAUAGAAAGAGUAGUGCUAUUGGAUUGGGAUUGAAAGAAAACAAAAAGCAUCUCCUAUGGUGGGACAGAUGCAAGUUUCCUGUUAUUUAUGCACAGAACAUAAAGGUGCCAGAGCGCUUGACAACUCCAUGAUGACAGAGUUUGUGUUGUAUGAUACUGCACAUGCAAGAACUAGUGUCGCUCCUCAAGAUAAAACUAACUAUUCACAUGAUUUAGCUAAAACUUCCAUGAUUUUUGAUGAAAGUUUGUUUGAGGGAACCUGCAAGUUUGAUGAGGUCUCAUAUAACACAAAGCUUAAAGGAGAACUGAAGCAUGCUUCUGACAUUAGCCAUUUUGAUUCAACAACUUUUCAUCCUUUGGCAGCAGCAAAGUUGCAUCGGAACCUUGAAAUUGCAGCAAUCGUUAUACAAGCCCCAUUUGGGAAAAGAGAAAGCUUGAAACGCAAAGGAGGGGAUCAGAAAACUGAUCAACUACUUCCAAACUUGUUUGAUUUCUCUGGGGUCGAUCAGAAAAAGGAAAGCAUCCCUGAUUGCUUGUCAAAGGUGAAUGCCGUGAUCCCUUCUGGAAUUCAUAGUUUGCCAAGUAAUGAAAGUCAUGGCCCUUCUCCAUUGCUAGAUCGAUGGAGAUUGUGUGGAGGCUGUGACUGUGAAGUCUGGGACAUGGCAUGCCCCCUUACUGUUAUUGGCAAUCCCAAUAUCCAGAGUGCUGAAAGUCAUCUGCAAAUGGAGAAUCAGCAGCCUUUGGUACUUGUUCAGGGAAGUAAAGAGAAUACACCAGCAUUGAUCAUAACAGUUAUUGAGGAUAGACAGUCUGCAGUUGCCUUCCAUGCAAAGUUAUCCACAUUACACAAGCAUUCUCCAUUUUUGUAG